AUCGGAAAUGGACGUCUGGACGCACGUGUUGUGAACGAGCAGGACCAGAAGGAGCUGAAGGAGAGGCUGAUUGGCAACCUGGACUUGCUGGAAAAAGCGGAAGAUGGAAAGCAAAUGAGGACGGUGGAUCGUCGAAGCCUGGGCUUUGUGAGAUUGGACUUUUAUGGGCAGACCCUACUCUUCUGCACCACGCACCUGAUGACUGCCAGCCGAGAUCUUUCCGGCAGAGUCAGAACUGAAGAGCUUUGCACCAUCAACUCCAUGAUGAGUGACCUGGUGAACCCUGACGACGCCGUCAUUCUCUGCGGCGACUUCAACAUCAACAGUCGUGGGGGAGCUCACGAUUUCAUCUGGACAAAGAAGUUCAUGAAGGGCGAAAAGGAUGUCGCAAAAGACCGUUUCGUGAAGGUGUUGGAUGAAUUCUCCUCCAUUAGCAUGGAGAAGUUCAAGAUUAGCCGCAAAACCAUCGGAGAGGUGCAGGAGAUUGACACAAACGGCGAUGCGCUCAUCAAGUUUGAGAAUGUUGGCGAGGAGGAGACGUCCGCUCGCCUUGAAUGGGUCUCCCAGAAAGACUUCAAGAAGCUUCGCUCUCUGGACCACACGGGCUACGAGAAGAAUGGCGAGGAGCGACGCUUCGUUUGGGAGCGGACAGAUGGGCGCGAGCUUAAGAUGCGCGAUGCCUACAACGAUAUCUAUGGCUCAAACGAAGCUUCGUCAACGGUCACAGGAAUGCGCGAAGAGACGAUCGACUACGUCUUUUUUGACGAGGACUUGCUCAGCCUCAAGGAGAAGAGCCUGCUGAAGUGCCAACGGGUCAUGCCCAAUGAUGAGGAGCCUUCAGAUCACAUCCCCCUGGUUGUGACCUUUGCUUUGCCCAGUGCAGAGGUGCAGCUACGCGAAGGAGUACGGCGGAUACAUCACCACCUUACUAGCCUGCUGAGUGAAGGAAAAACUGGCGAGAAGCUGGCCAUACAGGUGCUUCUGCCUCUGAUGCAGGAGGCCGUGGAAGCUGCACGGAAACAAAACCUUCGCUCCUGGCUCCUCUCGGGCAAUCGCCGCGAGGAGGAAGAAGGCGAUCCCUCUCCAAGGAAAGCCAUGUUGACUCGAAAGAUGUCACUGAAACAGCAAGAUCUGCCGAAGAGACCCGAGAAGAGGGGCCAGGGUGGUUUGCGCCAACCCAGCAGGGUGCCCGAAGGAGAUUUCUGCGUCCCGAAAGACUUCGACUGGAAGAUGUCCACGAAGGAGAAUUAUGUCCAAGAGAUUAUUGGCCAGGUUUCAGAUGAGAGCUAUGCGACAAAGUAUCGCGACUUUCGAAAGCUGUGCGAUGCCGAAUACCACGGCCUCUACAACAUGGAUCGGCAGACGUGGCAGGACAAGCAGAUUGAUGAGCUGUUAAAGGGCAAAACACGGGACACCCCACCGUGGCUGCUGUACACUUGUGGGCCCAUGGGGGUGGGAAAGAGCUUCACCCUUGAGUGGCUCAAUAAGGAAGGCUAUCUGAACAUUCAGGACAACAUGGUCAAGAUCGACCCAGACGCAAUCAAAGAAAUGUCGGCCUACAUGAUGGAGAUUGCUCAAGCUGCGGCAAUGGCCCAGAACCUGAAUGUUUGGGUGGAUGGAUCCUUAAAGGAUGCAGAAUGGUACGCCCAGCAGUUCGAGAAAAUUCGUGCAAAGUACCGCGACUACCACAUUGCGAUCUUCUAUAUCGGCGCUGAUGAGCAGACGAUCCUGAAUCGUGUGAAGCAGCGCGCGGAAGACCCAUCAAAUGGGGUCGUGCCACUGGAGCUCGUCCGGGAAUCCAUGGCCUCCAUGGUGACUUCGGCGAAGCAGACUCCAUUGACCACAGUGGAAUUUGGGAAGGCAAGGUUUCUGCUGGUUGAGUUCGCGCCGAAGCACAGGUCUCCGGGCACGAAUGGACACCACCCAGUCUAUGCGCACAUCCGUGGACUUUCCCCAGUCCUUGCGACCGCUGAGCUUGACCAGCGUGUCCUCCGAGAGUUUGGAGCUUCUUUGGCAGACUUGGCAGUUGAUUUUGGGAGGGCUUUGCUCAACCUACGCGGCACGCAGAUCUUAA